AUGAGAGAGUCAAAUUUUCGGUCGGCGGUUGCCAAUCGCGCGAGUGUCAACAUCACUACUACCUUGUAUGACCGUAGGGCACUCGAUUGCACCAGCGACCGUCCGUUAAUCAACUCGCUCAACCAUUUGGCCUAUCUAACUUCAUCAUCUUCCCGGGUCCGUGAAACGCUUUGUUUUGAUGGCGGCCUAGAGAGGUUGGUGGCAAUUCUGAAAGAAUGCUGCGAACCUGUUGGCCAUGCCGUCGAGACCUCAUGCUCCGAUAAACCUUCGUUUGAGUCUGUAUUCGGCUCCCAAAACUCCCAUUUCUCGUCUUCACGUCGCCUUUCCACUCAGUCUGACGUGUCGCUUUCCUCCACGUCGGAGGGCUGCUCGUCCAACUGCUGUUGCGAAGCGCUUGUUGCCUGGAAGUGGUCCCUAGCAUUCCAGUGCCUGCUGUACCUUGGUACCCGCGGCACAGAGUCCAUCCGUCAGCGUCUGGUCGAAGCCGGCGCUAUCCCCGUCAUCGCCACUAUCCUAGACAACUAUUUGCGCCUCCGUGACAUCGAAGAAGCAAGUGAUUGUAGCUCUACUUGCUGUUCUCACACUCCUAUUGUAGGUGGACAGCAGCACAGCAUCUGGAAUCACGAUGACCAGCGUAUGCCCGCGCCGCAGAAUGUAGACCCCCUGAACGAGGUCGAUGCUUCCAGCUUGACAGGAAGCACAUCUUCUGUGGUAGGAAACAGCAGCGGAGAUAUUAAUAUGUUUAGCUUCGGUGACUCCGCUACCCCUGCCACGCUAGAAUCUUCAGUGGCAACCAUGGCCAGCACAGAUUCCGGGGCUCCACCCCCUACUCUUAGCUCCGCUGUCAUGUCUCGUGCCGAGCAGUUUGUAUCUCAGCAGCUUGCUGGCGUGCUAAACAACGCUCGUAUCCAGUCUCAAUUGUCGACAACUUCGUCGCAGGCGAUGUCGCUGUCCCCCCCUCGCAAAUUUAAGGAUGGCGUUCUGCUUCCUCGCGUGGAGGACGUCAUUUGGAGCUUGGAAAUCCUUGCUUUUGUUUCGAAAUAUACUUAUUUGCGGCCGCUUUUACAGUCUACUCACUUGGUCCCUAAGCUAUCUGCUCGUGACCCCAAGAGCCCCGUGCUGUUGCGGGCCGAGUUUGCUAGUGAACAAGACAUGGAGAUUGAACCUUGCCGUGACUAUGAUAAUUAUGAUUUCGAAAAUACUGACGACAUGGACGAUGAGUUCAAGACUGAACAUUUAAAUAUUUUCCCUCUUGUCGAGAAGUUCACUGCUCGACGAGAACCUGUCGAGGUUCCUUACUGGUCUGGAAUCAUUAUGCGAAACUCCUGCCGCAAAGAUGAGGCUCGAGGCAUUCGCCAAUGUGCCAACUUUGAAUGCGCACGUUGGGAGUCAUAUCCUCGACAAUUCGCUAAAUGCCGUCGCUGCAAGCGCACCAAGUACUGCUCCAAGCAGUGCCAGCUGCAGGCAUGGACGUACCACCGUCACUGGUGUGCGCCCGUGAACAGCAGCACCUCAGCGAGUUCCCGCUCUACAGUUGUGAACGAGCUGCGACCUCAGAGCUCUGGCCAGACCACUGCGGCCGGUCAACCUUCACCAGCUCGAGCAAAUUCUAUUUUGCCUUCUCACACGCAGGCAUCACUGCCUCGUAUGGAUGCCGAGUCCCAGCAGACCACGCCAGAGGCUGAACAGGUAACAUCACAAAUCCUCCAACCCCCGCAGCGGAUUGAGCGACUAGCCACAGAAGAUAAUCGCAUGGAGGAUGUCACACGUAACCGCAGCCCGUUUGUGUGGGACUCACUAGAUCAAUCACGGAAUGCUAAUGUGUUGACAAGCAACGAUCAAUGA